AUGGCAGAUAUGAAUAAGGCCAAAGCCGAGGUCACUCAAGAGAAGAAGGAAGAAGACAUACCUUUCAAAGGCGACAGAGCCAAUAUGAACUCAUCUGAUGGCACUAGUUCUACUAAGGAGUCGCAAAGCGUCAAAGAGAAAAAUGUUGUGAGUAAAAAGAAGAAGGUUGAAAAGGAAAAGGAUAAGUCCAAACCAAAGAAAAAGGUGACUAAGAAAGCCUCUGAUAGUAAAAAGAAAGUUAAGAAAAGAUACACCCCUCCUAUUGUUUUUAACUGCCUAUACACUCAGUAUGAAGUCAUCAAGGAAGUCGCAGAAGAGCUAGGCUGGAAGCUGAGCUAUGAUGAUAAUGACGAAUUUGACGUCUUCUGGUCCGACCUACCUUGCUCUACUGAGAAGUUAUCAAAAAUGAAAAAUUACCAGAAGCUUAAUCAUUUCCCAAGCAUGUACCAGAUUUGUAGGAAGAAUUUACUGGCCAAAAAUUUGAAAAAGAUGGAGAAAAUGUUCCCUUCUGAAUACAAAAUCACCCCUAAAACAUGGAUAAUGCCUCAUGAGUAUUCGGAGCUUAAGGCUUUUGUGACACAGAAGAAAGUAGUCAGUAUGAUUGUUAAACCAGAAGCUUCGGCCCAAGGGAGAGGCAUUUUCAUCACAAGAAGACUGGACGAUAUCAAUUCUUCAGAACACUGUGUUGUUCAACGAUAUAUGAGAUCACCCUACCUCAUUGACGGUUUUAAAUUCGAUCUGAGGCUUUAUGUCCUGGUUCUGUCAUGAGAUCCGUUAAGAAUAUUCAUAUAUGAGGAAGGCAUGGUCCGGUUUGCCACUGAUGAAUGGGAUAUUGAGAGUGGAACUAAUUAUAACAACCUUCACAUGCAUUUAACAAACUAUGCUAUCAACAAGGAAAACAACUUUGUAAUGGCAGAUGAUCCUCAUGAAGACGCUGGCCAUAAGCGUUUAUAUUCAACAGUUUUAAAAAGAUUAGAGAAGGAGGGAGUUAAUACAAAAGAGCUAGUUGAAAAGAUAGAUGAUAUGAUAGUCAAGACUCUGAUUUCUGCCCAACCAGAACUUUCACACUAUUACCGAACUUGUCAGCCCAGUGAUCUGGAAGGGAACAUGUGAUUUGAAAUUUUGGGAUUUGAUAUUUACAUUGAUAAAAAGGCUAAACCUUGGCUUAUUGAGGCUAAUCUAGCUCCGAGUUUUGCUACAGAUGCUCAACUUGAUGACGAAUUGAAGAGAGCUGUCAUUACUGAUUCUUUCAAACUCCUUUGCGUCAGUCACAAAGAAAAGAUUAGGAAAAUCAACAAAAAGAAAGAAGAUCUCCAGAGAAGGAUAGUAGAGAGAACUAGUUACAAAGAAAGCCUUCUGAAGAAGAAAGAGGAAAUUGAAAAAUUACGGAAGAAGAGAGAAAUUUACGAAAGAAAGAACAUGGGUGGAUACAAACAAGCUUACCCUAGUACAGACCCUGAGAAACAAGCUCUAUUUGAGAAGUACCUGCAAUGAUCAAACAAUCCAGUGCCAUUCCCUAGUGCAAAGCUAAAUUCAUCCUUGGCUGGAAAUCCUGUAGGAAAAGGAAAGAAUGGAGACAAGAAUAACUCUACUAUGCCAAAACUCAAGAAAGGUCAUUCCUCGGAUAAAGCUGGCAAAACAGCAAAAACUAAAGAAAUAGCUAAGACAAAGUUGACUAAAAGUCCUUAUGAGAUAGGUGUCAAAAGGAUGGUAACUCCAAUGUCACAGAAACGUAAAAGAAGUGGAUAUCAGUCAAACCCUAGACAAGUUAAGCAGACAGGUGAUUCAGCAAUGGGUACUUCUGUCAGGAGGGAACAAGCUGAGGCAAACACCAUCACUGGGUCUCUAUGAUCAGAUACCAAUCUAGAAGAGAUGUAUCUGAAUCAACAUAAGGAAUCCCUAUUAAAAUAAGAACGAAAGCUUGAAUAUCCCUAUUCAGAUGCAGUACCAGAAGGACAAAAGGAUCAUGAGUACCGUAGAAGAUCUAGCAAAAAUGCAAAUGCUAGAUGACUCAAACUUAAAUAUGCCUGCCAUUCAGCAAGAUAAUAAGAAAUUCUUUGGAGCUAGUUCAAAGUCAAGCACUGGGUAUAGAGGAAGCUCUGCAAAGAACAAUAAUGAGAGUUCUAAAACUGAUAGGUUAGCUCCUAUUUUAGAUUCUUGAGGGAGCAAUAACGAGAACAAGUCAAUUCAGAAAUAUGCCAACAACAAAGGAAACACAGUUACCAACAAGAAGUUCAAGACAUCGCAAAAGGUCCUUGGCGCACACGAAAUAAUGUUACAUCGGUCAGAGAAAGAAGCUGCUUCAAUUUACCAAGAAUUUAACAACGCUAUUAGAGGAAGUAAUUAUGAAGCAGAACAAGCUCUUCAACACUACUAUCAGAAAUCCAAUCCUUCAGCAAUGAAUCCUGUGAGGAUCAAGUCAAAGGAUUUUGUACCCUUAGAAGGUGUCUCUAUAGCCAUUCAUAACAGGAAUAACCUCCAUGACAAUAUGUAUAAGAAGAACUCAAGGAAACUUGUCAUUGGAGAUAAGCAGAUGAGUCUUAACUCACAUAACCAGGAAAUAAGGAAUCCUGCGUUGAAAAGACAUAGGUCAAAGCAAAAAGUUGAAAAUAAACUCUGAGUCUAUGGAAAUAAAAGUAUUUCAGGCUCUCAUGGAUCUAAGUUUGCUUAAUCCUAUUUUUUCACAGUUUAAUUUCAUUCUG